GUUAUUAUUAUAUAAGACGGUUUGCCUGAAGCUCAGAUCUGUCGUAGAUUGUCGAUGGUGAAUGUGCAUGUUUGGUAUGUAAGGUUUCUAUAUCUAUCUCCGGUGGUGUUACGAAGGAACUUGUGCGCAGAGUCAAGGUAGGGAUAGUGGGAGGUUUUAAGUAGAGUUGCUGAAUAAAUGCUCCUCAGUUGCAUGGCAAACAUUGGGCCAGUGAAUACGUUGUUACGACGCGCAACAGCGUGUAGACAGAUUGGAAUUAACCGGCUCGGUGGCAUUAGAAAUAUGGAAUCGAAUCUUUCGGACGUGGCAAAAAUCGAGGAGGUGGUCGAUCACCCGGUUGAGUUGUUCAGGAUUUGGCGCGAUGAGGCAUGCAGACACAAUGCAACGCUGGUGGACAUUUGCUGUUUGUCUACAGUUUCGAAAGAUUGUAAGGUGUCUGCGAGGAACAUCGUUCUGCGAGAAUUCGAUGACGAUGGUUUCGUAAUUGUAACGGACAGUCGCAGCAAGAAAGUCGACAAUAUAGACAAUGUUCCGUAUGCUGCCAUGUGUUUCCUUUGGUAUCAUGUAAACGAACAGCGGCAAAAAAUCAUGAAACAAGUGAGAGUAGAAGGUACCAUGAAGAGAUUAGAGAGAGAAAGUUUCAAGCAUCUAUACGACAGAGAGCCAUUGUUUUGCAAGAUACGAUCCCACAUAUGCAAUCAAGGACGCGAUGUCAAUUGGGAAGAACUGAAGCAGCAACACGAUGAAAUAUUAGACUCGGUUCGUAGAGGGGAGAAUGAUUUACCGAUGCCGGAUCAUUUCGUUGGAUAUAAACUCUAUCCGACGAUGAUGGAAUUUUAUUUCGGGAGGGAUUAUCUUAUAGCCGAUCGUAUUUUAUAUCAGAAAAAUGCAUCGAACGAUUCCUGGGAGAAUCAUCAUAUAGCUGCGUAAUACAUUAAAUCGUUGACAACCACGAUCUUUUUCUAUUUGUUUUGUAAUAAGAUUUUAAAACAAUUAUUUCAAACAUUA